CACCCAUCCCAUUCCCAGUGGCGGAAACCCCUGGCAGGUGUCUUGGGGUCUGUCUUUUCUCCUCUUGCUCUCGGGGGCCCCCUGAUGAAGGCUGAGUCAGACCCAGCCAUUUCCCCUUGGCGCCCAGAGCCGCCCAUGGGGGCCCCUCCUCGGCCGUAUCCCAUAUCCGUUCGUCAUUCCUGGGUAAGUCCGUCCCCCCUACCGUGGGGCGGGGAGCCCUGGGCAGCAGUGCUCUGGGGGAGGGGGUGGACUUUUGGCCUGUUUGGCUUAUUCCCUCCAUCUCCGCUGCCACAGCUGCCGUGGGCUGGCCUCAUUCCUCUGAGCCGCCAGGAAAAGGGGCCCCCUGAGUGAGCCAACAAGUGAGGGCCGCUGUCACCUGGGCCACCGCGCGACCUGUGGCCCGAGGAGGAGGAGGAGGAAGGCAGGGGCUGCUGCAGGAUUCCGGCCCUUCCCAACUGCCCUGAGCCCCCUUUCCAGUUCCCCACGGGCUCCUAGCCCCGUCGGGGCCCUGUGUCUGCCAUGUCCGUGGCCGUGGAGACAUUUGGCUUCUUCAUGACGGCCCUGGGGCUGUUGAUGCUGGGGGUGACCCUGACCAACAGCUACUGGCGCGUGUCCACCGUGCAUGGCAACGUCAUCACCACCAACACCAUCUACGAGAACCUGUGGUACAGCUGCGCCACCGACUCGCUGGGGGUCUCCAACUGCUGGGAGUUCCCAUCCAUGCUGGCCCUAUCUGGCAUGCUGGGGUUGCGCUGCACCACGGUUGGCGGCACGGACGGCUCUAAGAAAGCCAAGCUGGCGGCCAUCGCUGGUGCCCUGCACAUACUGGCCGGGCUCUGUGGCAUGGUGGCCAUCUCCUGGUAUGCAGCCAACAUCACCCAGGACUUCUUCAACCCCUUGUAUGCGGGAACCAAGUAUGAGCUGGGCCCCGCCCUCUACCUGGGCUGGAGCGCCUCCUUGCUGGCUAUCCUGGGCGGCAUCUGUCUGUGCUCCCAUUGCUGCUGCUUCUCCAGGGAGGAUCCGGCCACCAGAUCCCGGCUUCCCUACAAGGCGUCCACUGCUGUGCUGCCCCAGGUUGCCUCAGAUGAAGGUGACAGCAGCUUUGGCAAAUAUGGCAAAAACGCCUAUGUGUAGAAGCUCCAGCUUGCACACCGUAUUUUCCUUUCAACUCCCCCACCCAGUGGAGAAGGGUCCCCGGCCCCCAGGGCUCCAGGCUGGGGUUCAUCCUCCAACUUGGGUAGGUCCCAUCCAAGCCUGGAAGCCACGCCCCCAGCCAGAGGCACUCCCCAGUCCCUGCCCUGGCCAC